AUGGCUCCGCCCCCUCUCCUCCUCCGCCGACGCCGCAGCCGCCCCCAGAUCAAGCGACCGCGUCGUCUCCAUCGUCGACGACAUCUCCAACCUGCGGGGGAGGAGAAGGAGGAGAAGAAGGAGAAGACGGCGUUCGAUGUGAAGCUGGAGGGGUUCGACGCCGCGGCCAAGAUCAAGGUGAUUAAAGAGGUGAGGGGGUUCACUGAGCUAGGGCUCAAGGAGGCUAAGGAGCUGGUGGAGAAGGCGCCGGUGGUGGUGAAGAGCGGGGUCACGAAGGAGGAGGCGGAGAAGAUCGUGGAGAAGUUGAAGGGGAUCGGCGCCAAAGUCGCCAUGGAGUGA